CAAGAUGGCACAACUUGAUGAUACUAGAUCUCUUACCCUGGACACCCCCAGAAAUUUUAAACCCUUCACUUUGAGUUCAUUGGACCAUAUCGUCCCUUCAUUCUAUCUCUUCACUUACAUUACUUUCAAGCUCGACUCGCCCUCAGAUGGCAUCCCCGUUCUCCGAAAUGGCAUCUCGCGCCUAUUAGACGCCCUUCCCUUCCUAAGCGGAAACAUAGUGAUGAUAGAAGAGCUUGACGGCAAGCAGAACUUGAUGCAAGUCACACCGGCAGAGGCAUCAGCAUUGCACCGGUCACCCAUGCUUAAGGUCAUUCAUCAUGCCGCUAAAACCUCCGCCGUGGAGUGCGAUGAUGUGCAACAUGCUGAUUUCGUCCCAAUUCCUCUCCAUCUGCACACCACCGAUCCAAGCCCUGUAUUGCGAUUCCAGGCCAAUGUGAUGACAGAUGGUCUAGUGUUAUGCCUGACUUUCGACCAUCGUAUGAUGGAUGGACUGGGGGUCCUCACUAUUCUAGAUUCUUUGGCUGCAUGUUGUCGAGGCGACCCGGCACUCACAGAUAUGGCUGCGCAGCUUCAAAAAAAGCAGCAGCUUGCAUCGACAAAGAGCUCGGCCCCAUACAAUGUCCAGGAUAAAUUCAAAGCUAGACCAAAAGUUCCAUGCAGCCCAGUUAGUCGGAGAUUUGCAGUGUCUCCAGAUAAGAUCAGCAUGCUCAAGGAAAAGUGCAACUCUAUGUUCUGCACGAAGUUUGGCCAGACAUUCAAGCCGAAGUUGACAAACGGGGAUAUUCUCACCGCGCUUAUUUGGAUCUCCGUCACCAGAGCAAAGCAAGCAUCAUCGCCAACCACACCCAAGGACACACUUUCCACAUUGUCUUGUCUCGUCGAAAUUCGCUCUAUCCUUCACCCCAAGCUAGGCACCUAUAUAGGAAACGCAAUGAUGACCACCCAAUGCGUACUGUCUACUCGAUCCACUUCACGCAAGACCACAGACCCAAUCGCCGACAUCUCAUUCAUUCGUGAAGUUGCCUUACAAAUCAGAAACGAGAUCCGAAGCAUCACCACCGAGCAAGCCACCCGCUACGUCUCCCACAUCAACACCUUGGAUGAUUGGAGUUCGUUCCAGGCUCAAUGGGCCGAGCUAUUCGUGAGCAGUAUUCGCCAUUUCGAUGUGUAUGGGUUGAAUUUUGGUUCUGUGUUGGGCCCGGUUGCGAACUUUGAUGUGCCUGAUCCGAGGAUUAGUGGGAUGUAUUGGGUUAUGCCUGCAAGGCCGGUUUCUGGUGGAGCUAGGAAAAUGCCAUUGUGGGAAUUGAGAAUUGUGUUAGAAGAACCUGUUAUGGAGUGCUUAAAGAGGGAACCGCUGUUUUGUUGGGCGUCUGAUAUUAGUCGGACGAUUGGUGAUUCGAAACUUUGAUGGUUACAAUUAGUUUAGGCUGUGUGUCAAUAUAUACCGCUUGGUUCUAUUGAACA